GUGUAGUGGUUAGCAUGCUUAGCUACAAUACCAUUGGCCUGGGUUCAAUUUCUCCUUGUGGGAUGUCUCACUUGUCCGUGUCCAAAAUUCUCACCCACUACAGGCUCAGUGGUCAGUUAGGUGGAGAUGAGCACUGAGGCCACGUGCAGCUAUGGCGUAUCCCCUCAACUUUAUUAUAAUCAACCCAUCAAUGUGUACAGACAUAUUAAGUCUGACAUGUAUUGCAUGCAUGCUUUGACACGUGGAACCCUGAGUAUCCUUUUGUGGGACACAGUUUGGGGACCACAGCUGUAAAACACACCAUUACUUGAACUAGACCAAUCUUACUUUAAAUAGAAUUAUCAUUAGGGUGCAUACACAGAGAAAGCAAGUUUACUGGUGCCGAACUGCGCAAAGAAUUAUACCGUUGAAACAAGUUUUGGUGUGUACAGAGAAAAUGGGCUCGAGCGUGUUGGAGUGGGCAGCCUGCUCCAGCACGCUUUCCUCAUUCCACAGACAAUUCUUGCCUGCUCAACCUGCACGGGCAGACGUGCAAAGUGAGAUGAACACUGAGCUCCUGAUCAGUGAAGUAUUUAAGAGACAACCAUUGUGGAACAAGAGAAACAAGUUCCACACAAACAAGAAUGUUGUUGACAAACUGUGGGCUGAAGUCAGCAAAGAAUUAGAUUAUGAAGAGUCACUGGUUAAAAGAAAAUGGAAAUAUAUUGGAGACAAAUUUGCUGUAGAACUUGAAAAAUUUCCAUCUCGAUCAAAAGAGCAGUAUUCCCAGUUGUUCCGUUUCCUGAUAGAUAUUGUGAAACCUAGAGUUUUGACUGGAAAUUUCUCAAGUAUGCUAGCAAAAGGCAAAUCUGAAACCUCAUUACCCGGAUCAUCUCAGGUAGGAAACCAAACGGAUGAUGUGGAGCCUCCCUUGGAUAAAGAGGAAGGUAUGCCCGCUUCUCCAACCCUUACUCAAGAUACAUCAGUAAGAGGAGAUGAAGAUUUGGACAAGCAUAAGAUUAUUUUAGAUUUUUCUCACCCAAAGAAAAAAGCAACUGGCAAGAGCCUUAAAACAGAAGACUACAACCAGAGCAUCUUGGAAAUCGAAAGACAGAAAAUGCAGUACUUGAGAGAAAUAUCAAAUCAAAAUCAGGGCAAAGAUGAUGAUGAGGAUCUAAUGUUCUUAAAGAGCCUGCUGCCUCAUAUUAAGAAAAUUCUUGAUGCAAAUAAGUUGACAUUUAGAAGCCGUAUACAAGAACUUGUACAACAGUUUGCGUAUCAAGUUCCAAUCACAUCUCCCCUUCCACAUACCAGCAGUUCCUCAGUUUCUGCUCAUACUUCACAGGUGUCUCCCUACUCCAACGAGCACACCCACUCCCCUUUGGAAACUUAAAAUUAUGCCACAGAUAGCUGCAGUGCCUAUGUACCGUAUUUCGUGGCGUAUAACGUGCACCUUUUUCAUAUAAAAAAUGCCUGAAAGUUUACCCCUGCGCAUUAUGUGCCAAAGGUACAAAUUUUUAUUGAUUUUUUUCAUCUUUGGGGUAUUUUAAGGGUCUUUUUUGGUCUUGUCCAAUAACAACUGCAAAAUUACCUUUAUUAUUGUUUAUGAUCCUUCUUAGUCCAUAGCUGUCUUACAAUAUGUUACCAUAGAAUACAGGGCGAUCAAAUAACUACUAUACAAAAAUGAAAUCGGUGGAGGAUCGCCCAUGCCUUGUUAUCCUGCUUCUCUGUCUGGCGCUGACACGACGUGGCCGCCAUUUGCAUUGUUUUGUAUGACUAAGGUGCACUGUUGGCAAUUCGAACAGUACAAGCUACAUAGAAAAUCAUGUAGGAAAAAAAAAUGUGUUCAUUAUUAACCCUUUCACUGCUAAUCGCUCACAGCGCGACUAUCCCCCCAGGCGCACUCAGGCAGCCCAGCUGGGGGAGGGGGGUCUCUUUUUAACUGCUGUAUCUCAAAAAACUAUUCAUCACAGCUAAAAAACAAAAACACCAUUGGAAAGAGGAAGCCAAGAUCUAUAAGAUUCGGUUAUGUAAGCCUCUCCUGCAAACUUAUAGUCACAUUGAGGGGGUAUUGCUUGUGAGUGCGACUGGCGCUUGCAGCGAGCUUUUUGCACCACCACGCUAGUGCUCUCUCUUUAAACCUCUGUAUCUCAAGAACUCUAUAAGAUUCGGUUAUGUAAGCCUCUCCUGUGAAUGUACAGGCACGUUCAGUAAGUGAUGCUAGUGCUCACUCUUUCAACCGCUGUAUCUCAAAAACUAUUCAUCACAACUAAAAAACAAAAACACCAUCGGAAAAAGGAGGCCAAGAUCUAUAAGAUUCGGUUAUGUUAGCCUCUCCUGCGAACGUACAAGCAUGUUCGUGGGGUGUUGCUUGUGAGGACGUACAUUUAUGCGUGUGUGACGGCCAGCCAUAUUGAGGUAACUACUGAGUCUUGAUGGGAUGCUGGCAGGGUAGUAUUGCCAACUGCAUAAUUUACAACUAUUUGAUAAAAAAAUCAGUCAGGUGAUAGGUGAAGCUAUGCAAAAUUGUCGGUGUAUUGGACGACAACAUCCACCAGUUACUUGUCCGUAGAUUUUCCGCGCUUUUCCGCUCUAGGCUGAUACGAUUUUCCACCAAAUUUAGUGGAAAACCCACUGAAUUAGCAAUGCUGUAGGGUGAGAAAUAGUGUUGGAACACUCAUACGCGGGAAAUUUGAGUGUGACUGGCGCUCGCAGCGAGGAUUUAGUACCAUCGGCAAGUUACAUAAGAACGUAGGAGUCUGCAAGAGGCUGGUAGGCCUGUAUAAGGCAGUUCCUUUGAACCUAAGCUCCCGUGUAUCUAACCCUACCUAAUAUUGCUGUCCAUGAAUUUAUCUAAUCUAUUUUUUAAUGUGACAAUUGUAUUGGCACUCACCACAUGACUGCUAAGCCUAUUCCACUCAUCCACAACCCUGUUAAUAAACCAAUUUUUGCCUGUGUCCCUGUUGAAUCUGAAUUUAUCCAGUUUGAACCCAUUACUUCGUGUCCUACCCGGUUCUCUUUCCAACAAAACCUUAUGAAUAUCGCCCUUAUUAUAGCCCUUCAUCCAUUUAUAAACCUCUAUCAUGUCUCCACGCACCCUUUGCCUUUCUAGAGAAUGCAAGUUUAACUGUUUGAGUCUUUCUUCGUAUGGUGCUAGUCGUCGCUGUGAAGAUUUAGCAUCGAAAGGGUUAAUUAUUAAUAUUAGUGAGAAUAAUGGGGUAGAUAUAAUAUCAGAAACUGUACAUCGUAAUUCUUGUUCGAGGAGUUAUUUCUCGCAACACCAGCCCGGCUGCCAUUUGCAUUGUUUGAAAACCACACAACCACACCCAUACAAUAAACAGCUGCAUGCUGCAUGUCACCAGAACCGUGUGAAUUGUGUUUUGCCUAGUUGUCUGUCAUAACCUACGAGUGAUGGUGAGAAUAAUAUGCUAAUUAUGAUAUCAGAAGCUGUGCAUCAUCAGUAUGUAUUAGGAUGUAUUUCUCACAACACCAGCCCGACUGCCAUUUUAAUUGCUUUACUCAAGGACACUUGUCAAUUCAAGCAGUACAGGUUACACCAAAAAUAUAUAAAUUUUUGGAAACUACAUUGUCAAUGUAGGUAGGAAGACACCUACCGAACUGGCGCAAGCCACUCCCGGUGAGGUAUAUAUGGGAGGUGAGAAGGGAGCUGAAGCCCUCCAAAGAUCCUUCCCAUGUCCUCACUAACCGUUUCCCUAUUGUCUCACCAACACCGGAGAGUAGUUCAGCAUGCUCUCUAAAGACAGAUCCUCUCUUUAUCCACACCACACUACAUUCACACAACAUAUACACCUUUUCCCAAAAUUCAGAUUUCAAAAUGGUGCACCUACAUCAAGCCUCGGAGUCCCCGCCUGGGGGGGGGGACCACAAAUUCCCCCAGGGAGGACUCCCCUUCUGGCUGCCAACCCGAGAGGUGUCUUGAUAACUCCUCGAACCUCUUUCUUCUCAAUUUCUGCAACAUUCGCGGUCUUCGCUCUAAUUUUCAUUCUGUGGAACAUCAUCUCUCCUCCUCUAAACCUCACCUUCUCUUCCUUACCGAAACACAGGUUUCUGAGGCUACUGACAGCAAUCUCUACUCUGUUCCCUCCUACUAUCUCUAUCCUAAAUUUCAAUCCAAAGCUGGAUGUUGCACCUACGUCUAGCGACAUCACUUGCUCUCGUGCCCACAACCUUGACUCUUCUGAAUUUUCUACCAUCUGGCUAAGACUUCAUUGUCAUUCUAUUACUAAAUACAUCUGUGCUGUUUAUCUCUCACCUAACUCUACCAACUAUGUAAAAUUCUUUGACUAUUUGAAUUCUAAAGUGGAGCACAUCUCCACUCUCCCUUCGCUGAAAUGUUCACCACCAGCUUUGGCUUUCAUCCUCUUUCACUGACCAUCCUGGUGAACAAGCCUACAACUUUGCUAUCCUCAAUGACCUAGAGCAGUUGGUCCAGCACCCUACACGUAUUCCCGACCGUCUUGGAGACCGGCCCAACAUUCUAGACCUCUUCCUUACCUCAAACCCUUCUGCUUAUUCUGUUAAACUGUUCUCUCCGUUGGGCUCCUCCGAUCACAAUCUUAUUUCUGCAUUCUGUCCUAUCGCUCCUGUACACCCUCUGGACCCACCGAAAAGGCGAUGCUUCUGGCAUUUUGCUUCAGCUCGGUGGGACGACCUGAGGAUGUACUUUUCCGAUUUCCCGUGGAAUGAUUAUUGCUUCCAGGAUAGAGACCCCUCUGUGUGUGCUCAGCGCAUCACAGAGGUGAUUGUCUCUGGAAUGGGGGCAUACAUUCCUUGUUCUUUCUCUACUUCUCACGCUAAAAAGCCUUGGUUUAAUCACGCUUGUUCUCGUGCUGUCAAUGAUAGAGAGGCAGCUCACAAAAGGUACCAGAGCCUUUAAACUAGUGCUAAUUAUGAACUUUAUAUUUCUGCCCGAAAUCGUGCCAAAUCUAUUCUCCGACUAACCAAAAAUUCUUUCAUUAAUAGAAAAUGCCAAAAGCUUGCUUUCUCUAACUCUUCCUGUGACUUCUGGCAUCUAGCCAAAAACAUCUCCUCCAACUUCACUUCUUCAUCUUUCCCUCCACUCCUCAGUCCUGACGGCAACACUGCCGUCUCAUCUAUCUCUAAGGCUGAACUCUUCUCUCAAACUUUUUCUAAAAACUCCACUCUGGACGAUUCUGGGCAUAUUCCUCCAACUCAUCCCCCCUCUGACUCCUUUAUGCCUGUUAUAAAGAUUCUUCAAAAUGAUGUUUUCUAUGCCCUCUCUGGCCUCAAUCCUCAGAAGGCUUAUGGACCUGAUGGAGUGCCUCCUAUUGUCCUUAAAAACUGUGCCUCCGUGCUGUCACCCUGCCUGGUCAAACUCUUUCGGCUCUGCCUGUCAACAUCUACCUUUCCUUCCUGCUGGAAGUAUGCCUUCAUACAGCCUGUGCCUAAGAAGGGUGACCGCUCCAAUCCCUCAAACUACUGUCCUAUAGCUUUACUUUCUUGUCUAUCUAAAGCUUUUGAAUCAAUCCUUAACCGGAAGAUUCAAAAGCACCUUUCCACUUCUGACCUUCUAUCUGAUCGCCAGUAUGGGUUCCGCAAGGGGCGUUCUACUGGUGAUCUCCUAGCCUUCUUAACUGACUCUUGGUCAUCCUCUCUUAGCCGUUUCGGUGAAACUUUUGCUAUUGCGCUGGACAUAUCAAAAGCUUUUGAUAGGGUCUGGCACAAUCUUUGCUUUCCAAACUACCCUCCUACGGUUUCUAUCCUUCUCUCUGUACCUUUAUCUCCAGUUUCCUUUCUGACCGUUCUAUUUCUGCUGUGUUAGACGGUCACUGUUCUUCCCCUAAAUCUAUUAACAGUGGUGUCCCACAGGGUUCUGUCCUAUUUCCCACUCUCUUUCUGUUGUUCAUUGAUGAUCUUCUUUCCAAAAUGAACUGUCCUAUCCAUUCCUACGCCGAUGAUUCCACUCUGCAUUACUCAACUUCUUUUAAUAGAAGACCCACCCUACAGGAACUUAACGACUCAAGGCUGGAGGCUGCAGAACACAUAGCCUCAGACCUUACUAUUAUUUCUGAUUGGGGCAAGAGGAACCUGGUGUCCUUCAAUGCCUCAAAAACACAGUUUCUCCACCUAUCCACUCGACACAAUCUCCCAAACAACUAUCCCCUAUUCUUUGACAACACCCAGCUAUCACCUUCCUCAACACUAAACAUCCUCGGUCUAUCCUUAACUCAAAAUCUCAACUGGAAACUUCAUAUCUCAUCUCUUACUAAAUCAGCUUCCUCGAGGCUGGGUGUUCUGUACCGUCUCCGCCAGUUCUUCUCCCCCGCACAGUUGCUAUCCAUAUACAGGGGCCUUGUCCGCCCUCGUAUGGAGUAUGCAUCUCAUGUGUGGGGGGGCUCCACUCACACAGCUCUUCUGGACAGAGUGGAGGCUAAGGCUCUUCGUCUCAUCAGCUCUCCUCCUCAUACUGAUAGUCUUCUACCUCUUAAAUUCCACCGCAAUGUUGCCUCUCUAUCUUCUAUCGAUAUUUCCACGCUGUCUGCUCUUCUGAACUUGCUAACUGCAUGCCUCCCCCCCUCCCGCGGCCCCGCUGCACUCGACUUUCUACUCAUGCUCAUCCCUAUACUGUCCAAACCCCUUAUGCAGGAGUUAACCAGCAUCUUCACUUUCAUCCCUCACGCUGGUAAACUCUGGAACAAUCUUCCUUCAUCUGUAUUUCCUCCUGCCUACGACUUGAACUCUUUCAAGAGGAGGGUAUCAGGACAUCUCUCCUCCCGUAUUUGACCUUGCUUUUGGACACCUCUUUUGUUCCUUUUUUAGGAGCAGCGGGUAGCGGGCUUUUUUUUAUUAUUAUUAUUUUUUUGUGCCCUUGAGCUGCCUCCUUUGUUGAAGAAAAAAAAAAAUUGAGCACUUUAAGAACUCCCCCCAAUUGUUGUCUUAAAGUUUGGGGUGCACGUUAUACGCUGUGAAAUACAGUAGAUUAACAGUUUACAUGUCCAUGGCAGAAGUACUUUUAUUUCAUUAUUAUAAUGAUAAUUAUCGUUAUUAUUGUUAUUACUUAUUAUUAUAAUUAUUAUUACCAUCAUCAUUAGGUAUUAUUAACCCCUAAAGGGUGGGUGAUGGGUUUUACCAGUCUGCCUUUUUCUGCUGUAAUUUUGAAGUUUGCGUGUGGAGUUUUGGGUCAUCGUUAAUUUCAUGCAAUGCCAUUUUUUUCCUUUUAAGUUUUGUGUGGACACUGUCCAUUAACAUGAACUCCACGUCAGACGAUGAGCUUGACAUCUUACCUGGACACUGGGUGGAUCACAACUGACGUAGGUAUAUACAGAAGCCCCCCGCCGUUCACGGGCAUUUGGUUCCGCGAGACUCCCGUGAUCCGUGAAUCCGCAGUCGACAGGACUAUAAUCAAAUAGGGAAAAUAGGGUUUCGUUCUACCAUCUCGAUCGAAUAAAAAAAUUGAUUUCUAAGCAUUGUUAUAUAGUUUUACAUACACAUAAAUCACAAAUUAAAUAUGGACUGUAAUAAUUUAACACUCAAUCUGUGGUUGGUUGUGGUGAGUGUGAGUGCGUAGGCGGUGGUGAUUGGCGGGCGAGUGGUGUUGGCAACAUGAGAGUGGGUCGUCGACCUGCUCCACCUCCUCUUGCUUCUCCUUCAAUGUUAUAACACGUGGCUUCUUCAUGCCUGAAGAAGACAUGGAGGAACGCUUGGAGGCCAUGAUAGACUGAGAAAGGCUGUAUAAACUCCACUGUAGAGCACUGCCGCCUUCGCUUCUCUUCUUGUAACCUGUUCCGCUUUGUAUCACUUUUAGGUUGUUCACUUCUUUCUUCUAUCACUUCCUGUUUGGUAAGUUUCAAAAAUUAUUCUGUGUGUUUGUUUUUACCGCGAUUGACUAUAUAACCUUUUCUUUCAGCUGACUUCUCUCUUCCAGCUUCGAAGAUAAACACUAAAUGUGCAACGUUCGAGCUGGGCGCAACAGACCACUUAUACGCGAAUUUUCGUCCGCGUUUGGCGGGGGGUGUCGCAGAUAUGGGUAACUCGAUUUACGCGAGUAUUGUGUCCUUGAAGAGGUCGCGUAAAUCAAAAACAAUGUAAAUCAAACAAGAGGUAGGUUUGUAUCGAAAAAUAAAUAUUCGCUUCAUUCAGUGGAGAGAGAGAGAGAGAAUGAAUAUCCAUAUCGCCGAGAUAUCCACUCAGGCACUCAGUCUCAGCCCCACUUGUGUGAGGAAAAAAUGAGGGACACCAUGAGCGACUGGCUAGUACCGAGCAGUCUGCUACCGGUACUGUACCAUAUAGCUGGCACCGUUAGUACUGGUACUGGUACCGGUACCUGCCACCCCCUGUUGUUGAGUAGCGUGGCAGCGUGGGUACUGUAUUGUUGUUCAAGUGGCGCGCGGGAAGAACUGAGCUCAGCUGUGUGGCCGCGGCGCCGUGAGUCCAGUUGCGUGAGACAUCUUGUGGCCAAUCCAUAAAAUAUCGCAUAUAAGUGAAAAAAACGUGUAAAUGAAACAUUUAUUUGGAUUUUGGACCCCGCGUUAUUUGAAAAAUGUGUAAACCAAACUCGCGUUAAUUGAGCGUUACCUGUACCCUACCUGCGUAUAAGUGAAUCCGUGAACAGUGAGGCCAUGAACGGCAGGGUGCUUCUGUACACGCGUCCUUGUCCCUCGCUGUGGGUUCAGAGCCGGUUACCCGUGCCCUUUUUGAACACCUUCUAGCGCAGGAAACCAAUGCGGGUUGGCACUUGUAACCAGUGCGUGGGCAACCUGCUUUCUCUGUGUAAACACCCUUAGUGUGUCUGACUAAACAGUACCCAUGAUUCACCAAAAAUCCUUUAAUUAUAGGAAAUUUCAAUAUCUCAUAUUUUAUGAACUUUCAGGCUUGACUGUUUAUUGGUAGGGCUUUGCUUCAGAUGUUGUUUUGU